UAUAUGGCAGUGGAAAACCUUAUACUACAGCAGUGUGCCGUUGUUUGUUCAUAAAAAAUCAUGACGUUUAUAAAAAUUAAAUGUUAUUUUAGGAUAAUUGUUGUAGGUAUCCAAAAUUGAUUUUAUUCAACUUUUUUACUCACAGUUUAUUGAUCAAUAAUGAUUUUACCAAUGCCUGGAGGAUACGGUUGGGCCCCAGUAGAGCAAGCCAACUCUUUAACAUGGAUACCGUGCAACGCUGGUGAUCCUCUACCCAGAGGCGCAGUGCACGUUGGCGUAGACAAGGACGGUGGACACUUAUACGCCGGACGAGCUUUCCAUGAAGGUGACUUGCUUCCGGCUAAGAUAAAUCCAAAUCACGAGGGUGCAUAUGUUUGUUGGGGUGGCACGGAGCAUGUUAUGAGUCACUUCGAGGUUUUAUGUCACGCAAGCGUUGCAUGGCAAAGUACAAAUGGUAACAACAUACCUCCAAAUGCUAUUGUAAUUGGCUCAACUGUAGAAGGGGAAAAACUUUACAUGGGACGUGCACUUUAUGACGGCACUUUGACACCAGGAAAAAUUCAGCCGAGUCAUGGUACUCUUUACAUUCCAUACAACGGCGAAGAAGUGGCAGUCGGUGAAUAUGAAAUCUUAGUCUAUCGACCCGCAGUAACUGUUAACUAGCUGAACAAACUAUAAAUGUGUUUAAAUCGUGUUUAUGUGCUAAAUAAAUACGUAAAUUAAGAUACAUUAAAUAAUUGUUGUCACGAGUUUAUUACUUGCAAUAAUUUGCUUAAAAUUCAAAUUUUACAUGUUAAAACAAUUGAAAGUAUCUAAUUAUAGAUUAUUUUUUAACUAAA